GCAUCAUGCCAUCCACGUGGUCGCACUUCUGCCGCCGCACGUUAUACAGUAAACUAUACAUAAGAAAGAGAGAGAAAGAGAACUAAUGCUUAACGGCCGUAGCUGCACGCUGCACACGUUGCACAGUACUAACAUAACUAUAUAUUAGUGUCCCGUGAAUUGUCGAGGCAAAUAUACACAACAUACGAAGUCACCAUGUGCGGCAUCUGGGCUCUCUUUGGUCUUGACACCAAUUCGCUUACCUGUAUAUGUGAUAACUUCGCCAAAAUUUCGCAUCGUGGGCCCGAUGCAUUCAAGAUCGAACAUGACAGUCGUGUCAAGAACUCUUACCUGGGAUUUCAUCGACUAUCCAUCGUAGAUAGUUUGUGUGGUAUGCAACCUAUUCGGGUAUUCAAAUAUCCAUUGCUUUACUUGCUCUGUAACGGCGAAAUUUACAACUGUAAACGGGUGAAGGAAGAGUAUAACUUUGAAUAUUCAACAAAAUGUGAUGUUGAAGUAUUAAUACACCUGUAUGCCUCCCAAGGUUUGGACAGUGUGUGUAAAAAUUUGGAUGGAGUUUUUGCCUUCUGUCUGCUGGAUAUGGAAAAAAAAAAAAUUUUAAUUGGCAGAGAUCCAUAUGGAGUGAGACCUCUUUUUAGACUUGCCACCAAAGAUGGACAGUUAGCUGUUUGCUCUGAAAGUAAAGGAUUGGUUGGUAUUGCUAAAAUACUAAAGGGAGACUAUGUGGUUGAACCAUUCCCACCUGGUACAUAUGAAGAGUACAAUCUUUUAGAUAAUGGACAGGUCAAGUUUGUUAGGGCUAAAAGGUUUCAUGAACCUGGACAGAAACCUAGUUUUCUUCCUUUGGUACCCUGGAAAGAUCUAAGUUCAAAGGACAUUGAAGGAAAUAUUCGGAAGCUAUUUGAAGCUGCUAUUGAAAAACGUUUGAUGGCUGACAGGAGAAUAGGCUGUUUAUUAUCAGGUGGUUUGGAUUCAAGUUUAGUAGCUGCACUUCUUGUUAAGUAUGCUAAACUAUACAAUUUCAAGUACAAAGUUCAAAGUUUCUCUAUUGGUAUGGAAGGCAGUCCUGAUACCUUAGCAGCCAGACAGGUUGCUGAUCACAUUGGUACUGAUCAUCAUGAAAUAAUUAUCACAGAAAAAGAUAUAAAAGAUGUUCUUGAUGAUGUGAUUUAUCACCUUGAAACUUUUGAUAUUACAACAGUUCGAGCUUCAAUUGGAAUGUACUUGCUUGCAAGAUAUAUUCAAAAGAAUACAGACACAACUGUGAUAUUUAGUGGAGAGGGUGCUGAUGAGUUAGCACAAGGCUACAUUUAUUUCAAAGAUGCCCCAAAUGCAUUUGACGGCCACACAGAAUCUCUGAGAUUAUUAAAAGAUAUUUACCUUUAUGACGGUCUGCGAGCUGAUAGAACGACUAGUGCAUUUAGUUUAGAAUUAAGAGUGCCCUUUUUAGAUCUGCAAUUUACAAACUAUUAUCUAUCUCUCGAUCCGUCUCUUAGACAACCAAAAGAUGGCGUGGAAAAACAUUUGCUUAGAUCCUCGUUUGACGGAACUGGUUUAUUGCCGACAAACAUUUUAUGGCGUGAAAAGGAAGCAUUUAGCGACGGCGUGACUUCUGUUAAAAAGUCGCUCUUCCAAAUCAUCGGCGAAAUCGUAAAAGAUCGCGUCAACGACGAAGAAUUAGAAACUGUCUUGGAGAAAUAUCAUCACUGCCCUCCAAAAACUAAAGAAUCUUAUUACUACAGGAAAGUUUUUGAAUCGCAUUACGACGGUUGUGCAGAACACUUCGUUCCUUACUUCUGGAUGCCAAAGUGGGUGAAGGGCGUUACAGAUCCUUCGGCUCGUUUUAUCUCGCAUUAUAAAAACAAAGAGUAAUUGAAUAUGGAACAUAUUUACAUAUAUUUUUUUACAUCUAUUAAAAAUGUUCAAUAA